AUGGCCUUCGCUGGCGUGUCUCUCAUCGCCGACGGCAGGCUGUGCGCCUCCACCGAGUCCGUCGUCGACUCCGGCGCUGACAGCGGGUAUCACUUGCUCGUUGUUGAAGGCUACUCGCGCACCAAAGAGACAGCUCCCAACGGGGAGUGCAUCCAGUCUCGUCCUUUCAUUGUUGGAGGCCGUCGCUGGAAGGUCGAAUACUUCCCUAAUGGCUUUGACAGGAGUAACGAAGACUUCAUCUCGGUUUUCCUUGUCCAGGACGAAUAUCUCAGGAACCAAGUUCAGGCUCACGUUGCCUUCAGUUUCAUUGACCAACCUGAGUUGCGAGUACCAAAGCUCAUCCGUCAAAAGCAACCAUGUUGCUUCUAUGGUGACCACAGUCUUAGUGAUCAGCCAGGAGGAUUUGUGACAAGGGGGGCUUUCGAAAGAUCAAGCCACCUCAAGAAUGACAGCUUUGUACUACGGUGUGAUGUUGUUGUCCUCGACAAGAAGGACGACGAGAGCGAUGAGGAAGAGGAGGAGGAGGAGGAGGACGACGACGAGCUUGCUCGUCCGUUCAUCAAAUUGCCACCGUCCGACUUGCCAAGCCAUUUUAGCGACCUGUUCCUAAGCAAGGAGGGUGCCGACAUUACGUUCGAGGUUGGCGGCAAGGAGUUUGCUGCACAUCGGUGCGUGCUUGCAGCCAGAUGUACCUUCUUCAAAACACAGCUCUUUGGCGCCAUGGACAAGGGCGCUACUGCACCAAGUGUCGAGAAGAUAGAUGGCAUCGAAGCGAAUGUCUUCAAGGGCCUGCUUACUUUAAUCUACACUGACGGAAUGCCUGAUUUCAAGGACCCAAGCUUGCUGCUGCAGUUGCUUGAAGCUGCGGAAAGAUACGAUCUCCAAAAGUUGAAGUUGAUCUGUGAAGAGAAGUUUGCCAAUCUGAUAUGCAAAAACAGGAUUGCACAAGUUAUUGUCGUGGCUGAGCGGAGACGGUGCUGCUGGUUGAAGGAGGCCUGCUUGGAAUUCAUCAAAACUCACACGAGUUUGCAUAGAGUUUUUACGGCCGAUGGCCUGGAGCAGAUAAUCAGGACCUGCCGCCCCUCCGUUCUCAAGGAGCUCAUCUCCAAGUUUGCUUCACAAGAAGGGGCAGCGGUGGGUGCUGUUGUGGAAGGGGCAAAUGAUACUGGCACAAGUGGCCAAGCUGAAGACGGAGGCGAACGUGAUGCUGGAUCGAAGAAGCGUAAGAUGGAUGCGGCAUAG